AGCUGUCAGCCACGUCACCUCCUCUUACAACAAUUUGCUUCCCAGACAGCAGUAGAUACAAAUUGGCUUGCGAGAAGGAGUUAAUCUGGGUAUGUUUGUUUUUGUUUACGAAUCGGCACACAUCUCGACGGAGUGGGUUAUCACCGUGCAGCGAUUGGCAUCUUUUUGUAGCCUUUUCCCCCCCCCCCCACCCCAAGAUCGCACUCAUAUUGCCUUUGCUCGGAUCGGCCCAGUCGCCAGCAUUAUUUAAUUUACCGCUUCCAAAGUGUCAUUUAAAGGGAAAAAGGGAACAAAAUGAACGUGUUUCGUCUGGCUGGUGACGUGUCGCAUCUGUUGGCCAUCAUCAUUCUGUUAUUAAAGAUCUAUAAAUCCAGAUCAUGUGCAGGCAUCUCUGGAAAGUCUCAGGUGUUGUUUGCACUGGUCUUCACCACCAGAUACCUUGACUUAUUCACCAUCUUCAUUUCGCCUUACAACACAGUCAUGAAGGUGGUGUUUUUGGCACUAUCCUACGCUACCGUGUACAUGGUCUACAUGCGCUUCAGGAACACUUACGACUCUGAGAAUGACUCAUUCCGUGUGGAGUUCUUGUUGGUACCAGUUAUUGGUCUGUCCUUACUGGAGAACUACGCGUUCACACCCUUGGAGGUCCUUUGGACCUUCUCGAUCUUCCUGGAGUCUGUGGCCAUAAUGCCGCAACUUUUCAUGAUCACCAAGACGGGCGAGGCAGAGUCCAUCACCACCCACUACUUGUUCUUCCUUGGCCUGUACAGAGCCCUCUACAUCGUCAACUGGGUAUGGCGCUACCACACAGAGGGCUUCUUCGACCAUAUUGCAGUAGUGUCUGGUGUAGUGCAGACCAUUUUCUACUGUGACUUCUUCUACCUUUACGUCACAAGAGUGUUGAGAGAAAGAGGAAAAAUGAGCCUGCCGAUGCCUGUCUAGUCGCCAGUCGGAGCACGGAGACCACCCCCCUCAACUGUACGUCUUUAACUGUGGGACAGAUGAGCUGACGUUCUAUCGACCAAAACAAGUGCUUUACUUCAAAUUGAAUUCCUGUCUGGCUGGUACUUCUUGUCUGUGUUUUUGUGUGUAUGCAUACAUUAUUUGGUGUGGUAUGUUUCCAUGUUUUUCACUUUAUACGGUAAGAUGCAAACACGACACUGAAAAUGUAUCUGAAGUUUUUACAUGGAGCCUAAAUUUGGGCCUCUUACCAAAACUAUUAACGAACAGGUUUUCUUUAUUAACUGAGGCUGAGACCGCAGUGACAAAUGAAUGCAGUUUCUGACAUUGAAUAUAAACUGAUGAAUUGCAGACUCUGAAAAUCAUUGUCAGCUCCAUAGUCUGUCCAAAAUCGACAUGAGUGCUCACAGUUUGAAAUCUUCAAAUGUUUUGCAUUAAUUACAAAUACUACAUUGUAUGUUAAAGUGUACUCUGUAAUAUAGCACAAAGUGCCUUUUUUCAUUCUGAAUCAUUGAACACUCUGUUUAUCUUGUUAAUACUGUACCUUUGCUCCUUAUUGCCAAGGAUGUGUUCUUUUUGUAUUUUUCUUGUUUAGUUUUUCUUAGGAUAAUGUAUUUCUUCAUGGGAGUAAAAGGGCUAACCAUUUUUGCAUGAACAUAAGUCAAGCCAAAAAUGAAAUAUAUCACAGCAUAAUAUAAAUUCAAUCCAACUCAAGCUAUUAAUUUAGCUAUUGAUUGUCAGGGUGUUCUGUUACUUUAAAUGUGUUUUUCUCCCUAAAUUAAAUUGUAUAUCAUUUA